GUAAUUCUCUUUCCUCUCUUGUUCUUGGCAGCUUGAAAAAUUUUCAGUGGGGAUUUUUUUUUUACUUUUUUCUACAAGAAAUUUAAUUAAAUAAAACGUGGAUAAAAUUAUAAAGUUUACAUUCGUUUGCGCUUUUUUUCCUUUCAAAUCUACUCUUGGCUUUUGCUAGUGAAAGUAGAUUUAUAAAUUGAAAAAAAAAAAACACCAAAAAUUGUCUGCAGAUAAACUUUGCUGAAUUUUUCUGAAAAAUGGCGUCCCAAGUUGCAAACAAAGCUGGAACUGGCUGGCCACGGCGAACUAGCCAGGGACAAGUUGAAGGAUCAUCGAAUAAUAAAUUAAGCCAAUCGUUGACGAUUAAUAGAACAAUAAAUUUAUAUCCUUUGACAAACUACACCUUCGGUACAAAAGAACCCCUUUUUGAAAAGGACCCAUCAGUGCCAGCACGCUUCCAAAGAAUGCGAGAUGAAUUCGACAGAAUCGGAAUGCGUCGCUCUGUAGAAGGAGUUUUGCUAGUUCACGAGCACGGUCUUCCACAUGUCUUGCUUCUACAAUUAGGUACAACAUUCUUCAAAUUACCUGGUGGUGAACUUAAUGCUGGCGAAGAUGAAGUGGAAGGUCUAAAAAGACUUCUUACAGAGACAUUAGGCAGACAGGAUGGCGUUAAGCAAGAUUGGAUUGUUGAGGACACCAUUGGAAAUUGGUGGAGACCAAAUUUCGAACCACCACAAUACCCAUACAUCCCACCACAUAUCACCAAACCCAAGGAACACAAACGACUGUUUUUGGUACAACUUCACGAAAAGGCAUUAUUUGCCGUACCUAAGAACUACAAGUUAGUAGCUGCACCGCUUUUCGAAUUGUAUGACAACUCGCAAGGGUAUGGACCCAUUAUUUCGUCAUUGCCGCAAGCGUUAUGCAGGUUUAACUUUAUUUACAUGUAAAGCGAACAAAUACGUGGGCAAGGAAGAACAAAGUUAAAAUUUGAAAAAAAAAAAAUAAAAA